UCCAAGAAAAGAACAGAGAUUCGUCUUCGUCACAGGCGCAAGAAUUUCCUUUACUCAUAGUGCUUCACAGCUUCAUGCUCAAAGGUGCAGCUUGUUGCUAGAGCUCUGCUUCUGCGAACUUCUCCCCUGAUGGCACUUCGUUAUCUGGUUUUCAUGUCCAUGUUGGCCUUCUGCAUCAUUCUGCUCUCUUUUGAUGGGUACAUGGAGGAAGAGGACUCUGUCAUCAAACUGCCGCAUGUGAGAGGACCGAAUCGGAGGCUCAUGGAAGACAUAGACUGUGAUGGGCUGUGUGCGGAAAGAUGCAAGGUGCACUCGAGACCCAAUGUGUGCACCAGGGCGUGUGGAACGUGCUGUGUGAGGUGCAGGUGCGUGCCGCCGGGGACAUGGGGAAACAAGGAACUCUGCGGGAAGUGCUACACGGACAUGACCACUCACGGGAACAAAACCAAGUGCCCAGCGUCUCUCCCUGUCUCCUCAGUUUGUCCAUAUUGGUGAAGAUGACCAUGAGAAGACGCUUGCCGGACUGUCGCCUUCCUUUCGUGUGUUCGUGGGUCCCUUCAUAAAUAAGGCUCACUGUCUUAGCUUAGGAGCUGGAACUCUUCUGGUUGAAACCGACUCUUCACAAACCCACCAAGGUAAAGUGAGCCAGCUGUGCUUGGGGUUCGGACUCCGCCACUUGUUCGGACCGCAUGUUGAUGUAUCCUUGCUAAGGACUAAGGAGGCUCCCUUUGUAAGUGCCAGCAAACGAGGUCUUAACGCUCAAAGAAGUCUUAGCGAUCCACUGAGCCGUAGCCGUGACUAUUAAUAAGAUGAGCAAACGCCUCAAAGUUCUAAGAUAUUGUA